UCUAUUUCCCCUCUUCAGAUCUGUUUGGCAGCCGAGAAAUACCACUCUGUUUUUCCUCUUUCUUUUCCUUCGAGUUUCUUGCUCGAGAAAAAUCAAGUGGGUUUUUGUGACUACAAGAAGCAAAAAUGGAAGUCCCUGUGCUGAACAGGAUUACGGAAUUGGGAGCAGAUCUGAGCUCGCUCCCGAAUGCAAAUUUUCUCUCUCGGAUUCUCACUUCGUUUUCUCCAUCCCAACAUUUCUGGAAAUGGGGCGCCGUGGUUAUUGCUCUGUUGGCCACAUUUAGCGGCUUAAUCAAUCGGGUCAAGAUUUUAAUCAUCGUCAUUCGCCGGAGAAGAACUACUCCGAUUUACGAACCUCUCUCCCGAUCUCUCCACGGCGGAGAGAAUGGCGGUUUCGUCUCAGAGAAUCUCGGAUCUCCGCCGUUUUUCAGCUCGGAAUCGGAAGAUGAGAACGAGCUGUCGUCGCCGGAAGACGGGUCGGAUUUUGGGGUGAAGGGGUCGGGUCGGAGCUCCGAUGAUUAUUCAUGUGGGCGGCGUUGUUCUGGUCUCCGACGACGGCACUACGGCGGAGAUUCGCUGUCGUGGUCGUGUUUUGGGUCGGAGAGAAGCGUAGUGAGGCAAUGGGGUGAGGUUCAAUUGAAAUGCAAAUUUGACGAGUUGAGUGGGAGCGUGAUUUCACUGUACGAUGAGAAUGAAGAGAAGGAAAUCUGCUCCAUUUUCAGCGGCGGAGCUCCGGUGCGAGCCGCGGCCAUGUCGCCGGCGGGAAUGGUGGUUUCCGCCGGACAGAGCGUUUUCGGGAACGUAUCGGUAAAGCUUUGGGACACGCGUAGCCGGAGCCAGACGCCGAUAGUUGCGGCAGAGUGGAAUUCGCCAGCGGCAAAGAUUGUGGACGUCUAUUACGAAGAAUCGGAGAAGGUCUAUCUUAGAAACGACAGUGAUGCCAAAUUAACUGUAGCAGAUGUUAGAAAAGUCUGUUCAGCGUUAGAAAAUUCAAACUUAGGCGGCGUUGACCGCUGGUGGCAUGCUAAGGCAUAGGCCAAGGCCAAGCCUACUGUACAGUCGCCGGAGUAAUUGGUUAUCUCGAUCGUGUAAAACUCAAAUGCGAGUCAGAUAAAUUUUUCGAAUACUACGAGAAUAUGAUGCUCUCAAAUUA